UAUCGGUUCAGUUAUCACGACGACUGAAGUACUAAUGCGAUUAAUGCCGGCCACCUGCUUCUUGACUCCUGAUAUCCGGUCUCUAAAAAUGAGAAGAUGAUCCAAUAAUCACCCGCUCGUGUCCAAUAUGCCAACUCAAGCCUCCAUUAACGCCCAGGCCCAGGUCUUCCUCUCCCCCGCCGAGCUCUCGUAUCUGCAUUCCUCGCUCACGCUGAACCCGGCCAUUCGACCCGACGGCCGCUCCUCCACCCAAUUCCGACCGCUGGUUGCGGAAGCCGACAUCCUCUCGAACGCCAAUGGCAGCGCGCGCGUCUGCUUCGCCGACGGCACCGAGGCGGUAGCCGGGGUCAAGAUCGAGGUCGAGAAGACGCAGGAUGCGUGGAAAGCGGCGGACGCGGCGCUAGACGUGGACGAUGGGGAGGAGUACGAGGAGGGCAGAGGCUCUAGGCGAAAAGCCGAUCUGAGCGAGGAUGUGUGGGUGGAGACGCACGUUGAGAUCCCGGGAUAUCGAGAGGACGAUGCGCUGCCGGUGUUCCUCGCUGGGAUUCUGACGGAGGCGCUGCUCGCCAGCGGAGAACUGAAGCAGAGACUGUUCAUCAACCGGAGGUUUCAUUGGAAGCUCUACGUCGAUAUCCUCCUUCUCUCGCAGCCACUGUCGUAUCCCCUUCCGCUGCUCUCACUUACCACACACCUAGCCCUCCUGUCCGCGCGGGUCCCGCUGUUGAUAUCGCAGGGCGAGGAGGAUCCCCUGUUCAGCGACGACUGGGCGGCGGCGACGUUGCUGUACCCGCGAACUGGCGCGGUGGCCGGAGACAAGCCGCCGAUCACCCUGCUUGUGGUCACGAUUGGGGAGAACAUCAUCUUCGACCCGAGUAAAGACGAGCUCGCCGUCGCGGAGUCCGUCGUGGCCGUAUCAUUAGACGAACCAUCGAUAUCACCAGCCGCCCGGUCUGGAAAACAGAAAGCAAACCCACAAUCGCGACGGAAUCUACGGCUUCUGUCAUUACGCACCAUCGACCCGCCAUCACAUCUCACAUCGUCCGGCGUUCCCACUUCGCUCGGCAUGGAGACCGGCGCCGACGAUUUCGGCACAGCGGCAACCAGUUCGGAAGCGAUUGUCGCGCGGGAGGGACUCGAUCGCGGAGAGGUGUGGAGUCCACCGCGGGGCGGGUUGAAGCGGAAUAUGGUCGUGAAAAUCAUCAAAGAGUGCACUUCCGAGGAGGGGGUGGGGCAGGAGGUCAUUCGUGCGCUGGCGGCGGUGGGGUGAACAGUUAGACGAACGAGGUGAAGCCCAACUGCAGAAAAAACGUCGACUGGACUUAAAACAGAACUUCAUGUACCUAUAUACAUGUCGGAGCCGAGCACAUCGCUCUCCACCAACUGAAGCAACGCCGCUGCAAACCACCUGCGCGCAAACAACCAACCAACCAACCACGAAUCCCCUACGGAUUCUGAUCAAACCCCAUGCUAUACCCCCCCGUCUUCUCAUCCUUCACGAACUGAAAGUUAUUCGUCGAUAGCCCGAACGGCUUCAAGAUCCCGUUCCCCAGCUGCUUCAGCUUCCCCAUCACCUCCGCCAUCUCGUUCUGCUUCGCCGCCUCCAUUUUCGCCGGCAGCGCGCGGCGCGCGAGGUCGAGCGUUUUGCGGUCCUGGGAAGAGAGGGUGGAGAGGGUGGAGAGAUAGGUGUAGUCUAGAAUAGAGGAGU